AUGAUAUUUCAAGAGAGCGAGACAGAGUACCCCAAUCAGACUAUGGUGAGCUACUUCUUCCUUGAGGGCCUGAUGUACACAGCUGAACAUCCUUCCCUCUUCUUCCUCCUCUUCCUUCUCAUCUAUAGCGUCACCAUGACUGAGAAUCUCCUCAAUCUCAUAAGGGUGGGCUCGGACUGCCAUCUCCGCUCCCCCAUGUACCACUUCCUGGGGCACCUCUCCUUCCUGUAUGCAUGUUUGUCUACAGUGACAAUGCCGAAGGUAAUGGCAGGUCUUCUGACUCUGUAUGGGAAGGUGAUCUCCUCUGAGGGCUGUGCUGUCCAGUUUUGCUGCUUCCACUUCCUGGCCAGCACUGAAUGCUUCCUGUACACUGUCAUGGCCUAUGACAGUUACCUGGCUAUCUGUCAACCCCUACACUACCCAGUGGCCAUGAAGAGGCAAAUGUGUGCAGGGCUGGCUGGGAUCACUUGGGCCAUACGUGUUAUACACUCUGCAAUCCAUACCUCCCUCACCUUCCACCUGCUCUACUAUGGACCUCACCACGUUGCCUACUUCUUCUGUGACAAGCCCCCUGUGCUGAAGCUAGCCUGUGCAAACACCACCAACAAAGAGAUUAUCAUGCUUGCCAACAUUGGCAUUGUGGCUGCAGGCUGUCUGAUCCUCAUCUUCAUAUCCUACUUCUUUAUUGUGGCCUCUGUGUUGCGGACACACACAGCUGAGGGCUGACAGCGUGCCUUCUCCACAUGCACUGCACACCUCACAGUGGUGCUCUUGUACUACAUGCCACCUGUGUGUAUCUAUCUGCAGCCUCGCUCCAGUGGGGCAGGAGCUGGGGCCCCUGCUGUCUUCUACACAAUGGUCACUCCAAUGCUCAACCCUUUCAUUUACACUCUGCUGAACAAAGAGGUGAAGCGAGCUCUGGGAAGGCUUCUGUGCCAAGCCUCCCGGGAGUCUCCAGCAGGCAGCCAAGCCCCCUAA